UUAAAGUCUACCAAUCAGGGUGUGCGUGAGUUUUAUUGCUCGUUUUGAAUUACAGCGUCAGCCGGCAGAGCGGAGUUAGAGCAGUUACAGCAGUUUUCGCUAUGGGAGCGUUCACCGCCCCGCUGUGCAGACGAGUAUGAACAACCCCACACACUGAAGUGUUGCCUAACAAAGGUCAAAGCGUUCCACAUCUGCGCCUCCACACCCUUCUCUCCUGCCAAGAUAGAAAAAAAUAAAGUAAAUCAAAUUCCACACGCCCCUUUGGACUUUUGUUAAAUCCUCCACAGCUUGUUAUAAGUCCUCAUGACACUAAGGGUUGAAUAGCUUCUGUGUGUUGCUGCAUACACAGCAGGUGGAGCCAGAGAUGUAAUUCAUCACCUCUUUCAUGAAGAUCCCAACUGUAUCUUUAGACUCUAACAUUGCUGAUAUGUGGUGAUAGCUCUGGAUAGGAAAUAUAUUGAUUAGGCUACCCUCUAAACCAAGUGCCAUUCACCUUCGACGUAUUGACAAAACCUGGAAAACAGGAUGUGUGCAGUAUACUAUGAUGUCAAGGAAAAUUAGCUGCAUGGUGUUCAAACCUUUAUCAGGCCAGACCUAAGGGCAAAGUGCAUCUAAUAUCAGUGAUCAUCAGACUAUGGGAGGUGCAGACUGAUCAAUAAUCUCAUUCAAAGUGUUAUUAUGUAGGGGUUUAUGACCGGGAGUGAUAUAUUAACGGGUGGCCUAUUGUUUCUGCGUGUUCAUUACUGCGGUCUCAGGAUGUUCAAGUUAGUGCUGCUGUUCCUGGCACUGUCAGGCCUCCAGGCUCUCCCACUUGGAGACCCCAGAAGUUUGCAGGAGACAUCUUCCACCUACCAACUCCCUGAUGGCUUUCGACAGGGCACUGAACAGUCUGACAUCGGUGAACCUGUUCCUGACAGCUUCCGACAAGGUACUGAGCCCUCCAGGAGAUUCCUUGUUGACCUCAACACCGGCCUGGUGCGGGAAUACAUCAGUGAGAUGGACAGGAGAGUGGUCCCUGUUGAUGUUCCAGCCCAGAAAAACGGUGGUGGUUGGGUCCGAGUGGAGGAUACUUCUGCUCUUUAUCUCCCAGAUGGUUUCAGGCAGGGAACCGAACCCAUGAGGUCUAUCCCAGAUGGUUUCAGGCAGGGAACAGAACCCAUGAGGUCUAUCCCAGAUGGUUUCAGACAGGGAACCGAACCCAUGGGGUCUAUUCCAGAUGGUUUCGGACAGGGCAGCGAACCCAUGAGGUUUGUCCCAGAUGGUUUCAGACAAGGAAGUGAACCCAUGAGGUUUGUCCCAGAUGGUUUCAGACAGGGAACUGAACCCAUGAUAUCUAUCCAAGAUGGGUUCAGACAGGGAACCGAACCUGUGAUGUCUGCCUCUGAUGGCCUUAGGCUAGUUGCUGAACCUAUUGUGGCUAUCCCGGCUGGUUUCAGACAGGGAACUGAACCCAUGAGGUUCGUUCCUGCUGGUUUCAGACAGGGAACUGAACCCAUGAGGUCUAUCCCAGAUGGUUUUAGACAGGGAACCGAACCCAUCAGGUCUAUCCCAGAUGGUUUCAGACAGGGAACAGAACCCUUCAGGUCUAUCCCAGAUGGUUUCAGACAGGGAACUGAACCUAUGAGGUCUAUCCCAGAUGGUUUCAGACAGGGAACAGAACCCUUCAGGUCUAUCCCAGAUGGUUUCAGACAGGGAACAGAACCCUUCAGGUCUAUCCCAGAUGGUUUCAGACAGGGUACUGAACCUUUUAUUACAAUCCCAGAGGGCUUUAGACAGGGAACAGAACGCUCCACACCUGGUCUCCAAAUGAAGACACUGGCAUGUAAAGGGGAGGUCAUCAAUGGAAAAUGCUACGAGUUCAACCCCACACCACUGGCCUUCCAAGAUGCACAGGCCUUAUGCAGAGCUCUCGCCCCAAAUGCUGAGCUUGCAUCUGUAACAACCAGCGAUCUGCAUUCCCGCCUGGUCUCCCUGGUGACCAAGGGUGGUGAGAGCAACCCUGUGUUGACCUGGCUGGGAGGGACGGUCGAGAACCAGCAGGCUUCAUGGGUAGAUGGGUCAGAGUGGAGUUACAGCGAUUGGAUGCCAGGUCACCCCAACAUUCACACUGAAAAACCUGUUUGUGUGGAGAUGUUCAAGAUAGAUGAGAGCUGGUGGACAGCCGCUGACUGUGAACUGAAGAGAGCGUCCAUCUGCUCAUACCAGAUCACUGCAUGAGAACCACAUAGAAACACAACAUGAGAGGAAGCCUCUCCUGAUUCGUUUCCUCUUGAAUAAUCUCACAGACAAUAUUGUCUCCAUUAGUUCUGGCUACCAUUGUCUGCAUUAUCUUAAAUCUCCUUGAAUAAAACUAAGCAUACUACA